AUGGCUUCUUCAAAGUCGCAGUCCAGCAAAGGUGCAGACAAGCGGAAAAGAGAAAAAGUAGACCAGGAGGAUCUGUCGCACAAGAAGAAAAGGAGGCAAAAGCAGCAGCAGGACGACCAGGAGGGCACCCCACGCGCAUCGCCCAAGAGGAAAGCAGCAGCACCUGCCGCCGAGGACCAGCACGCUUCAGAAGAGGAUUCGACCUUCAAGGACCUAUUCUCCAAGCACAAGCCACGGUCCCAGUCCAACGGCGAGAGCACAAAGUCCAAGGCCCUACAGAAAUGGAGGAUCUCGGAGCCAAUGGGCGGCAGAAUGUCUGACAUAGAUCCCAUUUUCAGUGCCGAUGAAAAGUCCCUCCUCGUCGUCUAUCAUACUUCCCUCCAAGUCUACUCGGUUGCCGACUCCCUCCUCGUCCGCCGAAUCGCUCUGCCCGUGGUCGGCGCAAACAAUGGGGCACCCUACCUUGUGGCUGCUGCCCUCUCCCAGGUUACGCCAGAGCUGGUUUGGCUUGCGUCUUCCGACGGCAGGAUAUGGCGGGUAAAUUGGAGGACAGGAUCUGGUGUGGACGAAUCUCUUAGAACUGGUGCAGGCGUUAUACACGAUAUGACCGUUGGUGCCGUCACCAUUAACAACAAGCCAUCCGAUGUCUUAUACGUUUCGGAGAGCAUCAAAAACAACAGCAGAAUCGUCGCCUACGACACUUCUGACUUGGCGAAUCCUACGAGCCAGGUGCUGCAAAACCAGUCAGGCAAAUCGAAUAUUUUGCAAACGACAGACGGGGGCAGCAUUCUCACUGCCGUCGCAGGGAACACGCUCAUGGUGGGUGCUUUGCAGCAGAAGAGUGUUGGCAGCGUUGAGGGCCUGGCUUACGACUUCUACUCCAUCAACACCAGUGACGAAGUCUCCUGUCUGAGCGCAAGGCUCGCAUCAAAAAAGACAAGCUCCAAGAAGAAGGCCUCACAAGAGCCCAGCGAUCCUGUACUCGAUGUUGCCGUGGGAGGCGUUCGAGGAGCCAUCUACAUAUACUCGGAUCUUCUCUCGCAAUUACGGGCUAAAUCGCGAAAAGGACUUGAGAUACCAAAGAAGCAGCACUGGCACCAGCGGGCCGUUCACAGCAUUGCUUGGUCACCUGACGGCAACUAUCUGAUAUCUGGAGGCUCAGAGUCUGUGCUCGUACUAUGGCAACUGGACACCGGCAAGCUUGAUUUCCUUCCUCACCUGGCAGCGAGCAUCGAAAAUGUCGCUGUGUCUUCCAGCGGCUCCUCAUAUGCUGUUCAUAUGGACGAUAACUCUGUCAUGGUCCUUUCUACGGCCGAGAUGAAGCCGACGACCUACGUCUCCGGCCUCCAGUCCCUGGUCUUUGAUGUUCAGAGACCCAAAGAUGCACUCGUGGGCAGAGUGUUCGAGGGCCUGAGAGAGAUCAACGCACCGCUGGCCGCAGCGAUUGACCCCAAGGAUCCAUCGCAACUGCUUAUCUGUGUCGGGACUAGCCAGCAAGCCAGUCGCACCGGACCUCUCCCCGUCACACCUUUCCUGCAGCGGUUCGAUCUGGGCUCGUUCCAAAGCAUAUCUAAACAACCACUCACACGGACAAAUACAACAGAGCUGUAUACCACGCCGAACGGUUACCCCAUAGUCGAGCCGAGGGCGUGCCAACUUGCAUUCUCAUAUGACGGGAGGUGGCUUGCCACGAUUGACGAAUGGGAGCCGCCAGAGCGAGACAUAGCCGCACUCACUGAGGGCUCCAAUGCCGCGGCACUGGAGUACUCACGCGAGCGACGGGAGAUCUACCUGAAGUUCUGGGAGACGAAGGAGGACGGCACAACCAUGGAGCUGUCGAGCAGGAUCAAUGGUCCUCACUCGACGCGGCAUUCGGAAGACGUCUUUGAUAUUGCUGCAGACAAGGUGUCCAACAAGUUCGCCACGGUCGGUGAGGACGGGGCCGUGCGGAUAUGGGCCCCCCAGCUCCGCGAGCACGACGGCCUCGCGACCACUGCCCCCAACGGCCAGACACUGGUCAGCUGGUCCUGCGUCCGCACGAUUGCUCUUGGCGAAAGCAUCAAGUCCCAGGAUGAAUUGUUACCCCUGGGCGGUCGGGCGACGUACAAAAAGAGCGGGUCCUUGACGUAUUCCGAGGAUGGCUCGAUACUGUUCGUCGCCUACGGUCAUUACAACGAGAUCGUCAUCUAUAUCAUCGACAUGGAGUCGGGCGAGAUUCGCAACACACUCCACGACAUGUGCAAGGGCGCGAUCCGGUCGCUGCAGCUCCUGAACUCCUGUCUGGUCAUCCUGUCACAAGACCUCGCCGUGUACGAUCUCGUGGCAGAUGAGCUCCGGUACGGCGUCAAGCUUGGGGAGAGGUCCGAGGCCGCCGCGCGGCUGACACACCUCGCGGUCGACCAGGCCUCGAGGACCUUCGCCAUCUCGGUGCCUUUCCUCAAGGGCGCCAACGGCAAGCUGUCGCGCGGCGCCGUGUCGGAGGUGGCGGUCUUCGGCCUCGACGACAGCGAACCGCUGCUCAUGCAGAAGCUGCCCCAACUGCUCACCUCGGUCCUGCCGGCCGCCGGCUCCUCGGGCUUUAUCGCCGUCGACUCGGCCGCCCAGAUCCGGCCCAUCACCGAGGGCGCCGACUCGAGCAACAUCGCGCGCCCGCUCUCCGAGCUCAAGCUCGACGACCUGCCGCCGGACGAAGAGCCCGCCGCCGAGAGCAAGGUGAUCCUCCUAAACGCUGCUGGCGAGGACGACGAGGAGAACGAUAGCGAGGACGAAGCGGCCAUGGACGUCGACGAGGACGAGGACGACGCCCACGCCACCGUCGUCGCGCCGCAGCGGCUGGCUGAAAUCUUCGACGCCGCCCCUGCCUUCGCGAUGCCGCCCAUCGAGGACACAUUCUACCGGGUCGUCGGGCUGUUCGCGCAGAAGCCCACUUCUCCAUGA